ACGAUUCCUAGCCGUCGCACAUUAUCAUUUCAUUCUCAUUUCUCCUUUUUCUUGAAAUCAUAAAACGCAAGCAGUUCAAAAGUAGAAGAUAUAAAGCAACAAGAAAAUCCAGACAUAAAUAAAUAAAUAGAAAAAAAAAGAAGAAAUGGAUAGCGAAAGUUUUCAAGAUCAAAUUGAUAAAAAGUUAAGAAAUGAGAAUACAAGUGAAGAACAAGCAGAUGAGAAUCAGACUCAGACGCAAACGGAACAAGGGAAUCAAACCCAGACUCAAGAUCCAAUUCAAAAUCAAGAUGGGAAUCAAGAUCAACAAGGAGCAAGCGGCGAUAGUAGAGGAGAAAAAGUAGGUGAAGAAGAGCAAGCACCACUGCCGAAGAAAGGUAAAGGAAAAGGCAAAGCAAAGAGUGUAGGCCCGAUUCGCAUCAAACCGUUAACUCGACAACAAGAACAACUCAAGCUGGCAGAAGAAAAGGAGGCAGGAAUGCAAUUCAAGGGGUAACCCCCUGUCCACUCUAUCCAUAUACGUUUCACAUCAUCCAUCAGGGACUUCGCCCCGUGUCACAAUUCUUCCACAUAUGGAAAUGCCUAUGUGUUGGGGAUUGGACCAGAAAUUGUAGAACCAGUCGUAACGACAGCUACCGACGGAAUACUCAUGCGGAUGGAUAAAGAGAUCGAAGCCGCUUUUAUGAAUAGAGAUCGGGAAAAGUAUGAUGCGUUGGUGCAGGAUAGGCGUGAGUGGUGGGCGUCUGUCAUGUCAAGCGUGAGCCGCUAUAUUCCCCUGUC